GGAAGAGCUGGGUAGGCGGGAGCGGCGUUUCCUAGCAGCGGGCGCCGCCAUGGCGCCGCGGCGCGGCGGGCCGCUGGGCUACGCGCUGCUGUGCGGACAGGCGGUGCUGCUGCUCGGCAACCUGCUGCUGCUGCACGGCGCCUCGCGCGGCCUACCGCACAACGGCAGCGAGCCGGAGCCGCCGGGCCCGGAGCCGCCUGCCGCCACCUGGGCCUACAGCGAUCCGCAGGCGCCUCUCGUCCUCUGCACGUACCUCCCCGAGGAGUUCGUGGAGUGCGACGAGCCCGUGGACCACGGCGGGAACGCGACGGCGCAGCAGGAGCUGGGCCACGGCUGUGUAAAGUUCGGCGGACAGGCACACGGCGAUGUGGAUCACACGCGGGUGCAGUGCCGGGCCCUGGACGGCAUCGAAUGUGCCGAGCCGCGGAGCUUCCUGCGGGGCAGCCGGCCCUGCGUCAGGUACACCGGCCAUUACUUCAUCACUACUUUGCUCUACUCGUUUUUCCUGGGCUGCUUCGGUGUGGAUCGCUUCUGCCUCGGCCACACGGGCACUGCUGUGGGGAAGCUGCUGACUCUGGGAGGUCUCGGGAUCUGGUGGUUUGUGGAUCUGAUCCUCCUCAUCACUGGGGGGCUGAUGCCCAGCGAUGGCAGCAAUUGGUGCACUGUGUACUGAGCAGAACCAGAGUGGUUCCCCGGAUCUCACUGGAGAUGGACUCCUCCUCUUGCUUCAAAGCAUCAGAACAAACUCCACUUGAGGACUUCUGCGUUGCACAAAUAUGGAUUUACAAAGCUAUAACUUAACCUGCAGAACAAUUGUUCCUGUUAAUUCCUCUGUACAUACGUUGGACACAAAAUUGGGUAUAUAUUUUGCUCGUUUAAAACAAUCUGAGCUUUUUUCCUCUCAAGUGAUAAGUUUGACAACUCAGACUUUGCAAACACAAGUGGUCAAAUUAAUAAAGUCUGGAAAGAGCUGACUCCACUUAUUUUUGAUGUUAGUACUCUGCAGACAGAGAUGCAGGCCUCCAGCCUGUGAUUUUGUGUGGUGGUUUAGCAGACAUUUAAAGCUGAAAACUAACAGUGUUAUAGAGGGGAAGUGACAAGCUCAAAUUCUAAUUAUUUGCUUAUCCCCAUAUGCAUUUGCUACACAUGGAAGCUGAGUAAGAUCUAGCAGAGAGACUGUACCCUUCUGAAGAAUGUCACUUUCCUCUCUUUCAGGCUGGAAAAGCCACAGUACAGCAGAAAUAAAUUCAGGAUGUAAAAGUAAUAUUGUCCACAUACUGUGAGAGAAAUAGGUUUGGGGAUCUUUUGGUUGAGGUUUUGGUUUGUAUGGUCGUAUCAGCUGCUGCGUAGGCAGAACUCAGAGUUACAGCAGGUACUGUUUCUCCUUCCCAGUAGCUACUUCAAAAGCAUGUUUGAAGUGAAUUGAAGAAAAACUAUGGAUAAACUAUUUUGCUUUGGAAAUAAAAGAACCUGAGAACUUCAGCCAUGGCACAGAGUGCGUGCAGCACUGGAACAAGGAGAGGCCUCAAGCAACUGCACGCACACAAAAGAGGAAGCUCUGCCAGAUGCAGUUUGAGAACUUACCAAGUUGAAUAAAAACGGGAAAGGGAAGCUACAGCAAAAUACAGGCAGCCAGAACCAGACACAAAAUCCAUAUAUGCAAAGGUCCAGUAAGAUUUGACAUAAAAUACAGCAGAUGUAUACUUUCCAUUCUCACAGAGUUCUGCAAACUGAGCACCCUCCACUUGCUUGCAUUUAGCUGCCUUCUGCUAAUGUUACUUCUACUUCUGUCCUGUGGAACUGCAAAAGGUUUCAGUCUGGCAGGGAAUUAAUUGUGCCUGUUCCAGUUUUGCUUUGUGGUUUGUUGCAACAACUCCUCCUCUCUGGGGAAUGGGAUUUAUAUCCCAUUUAGGUCACAAGUAAUCUGAGUUUGGCAGCUUUGAACGGGUCUCAGGGUAGUGGGGUGAGGUGGGGUGGGGGGGGAGCCUUCAUUAUAAAACUACCACAUUCUUCAGCCUAGUGGAACAACAGGGCUGGAGAGCCCACGAUGGGAAAAAAAAAAAAAA